AUGGCGGAUCCAAGCAGUGAUGUCCAGGUGGCCCCUGGUGAGGAAGUGAAGCCUUAUAAGAUUCAUAUCCCUACCAAGCACCUUGACCUCACCAAACAGAAGUUGGAGCUUACUCGUCUUCCUCACGAGGGCUCUGGUUCGGGCAACAAGUCUCAAGACUGGUGGGAGCCCAAGCCGAUCGUGGAACCGCUCAUUGAUUUUUGGUAUAUCCGGAAUAGGCUUGAGAGAUACUCCUGGCGCGAAGCAGAAAGCACGCUCAACAGCACCCUCCCCCAGUUCCGCACCACCAUCACCCUCCCGAACCUCGACAACGCCGCCCUCCGAGUGCACUUCAUCCACGCCCGCUCUCCUCAUCCUGACGCUGUGCCUCUCCUCCUGAUCCCUCCGUUUCCCUUCACCAACCUCUCCCUGGGACACCUCAUCAAGCCCCUCACAGAUCCCGAUGCGGCAUCAGAAGAUCAGAGGCAGCAGGCUUUCCACCUCAUCAUCCCCUCCCUCCCCGGCCUCGGCCUAAGCGACGCCCUCCCAGCCAACAUCUCGCCCAUCCCCGCCUCUGCCACCAUUUUCGAUACUCUGAUGCACCGCCUCGGCUACGCCCAGUACCUCGUCACUGGUUCCGGACCGGGCCACCUGUCUCCCGCUACGAUCGAUUUCCGAGUGGUCAACAGGCUGGCCACACACCACGUCGACUCGUGUGUGGGCGCGCACCUGAUCGCUCCACCCCUCAAAGCGCCGACAAGAAAGGAACAGGGUACCGGGGCGUGGGUCAAGUGGAAGGUGGCCAAGAUGUUGAAGAAGGAGAAGUGGGGGUAUGAGGCGGGUGAUUGGGGGAUUUUGGCGCAGGACAACAACGGCAACGGCAAUGGGGGAAAGACGAAGGAAGGAACAAGGAAAAAGAUGGGGUUGAACACUCUUGGUGGCGACGGCGGUCUGGCUGAGGACCCCAACACACUUGCUUACGCGCUAUGCGACUCGCCCACUGGCAUGCUCGUCUUCGUGCUCAGGGGUUUGCGCGCCAUGGGGUUGGAUGAAGCAGCCUUGUCUUCGCCGCUCUUCACGCAUGAGAAGAUCAUCACGCUGACGAAUAUGUUGUGGUUACCCGGUCCGGAAACGGCCAUGAGGUACUGGGCGCAUUGCGCUGCGUAUCCUGAGGACGAUGGUGGGAAGUCAGCCAAGCUGGGCAAAAAGCCCAAGGUCGCGAUAACGGUCUUCACUGGCACCGGCAACACCGGCAAAUCCCCAGUAGCACCGGAAACGACAGAAGCGACGGCAGCAGCAGGAGCUUCAACCGACACCCUCCCCGCUCUCAACAAACAAGUCCCCUUGUCCCGCUCCGAAGCUGCUGCCCGCUCGGCUGAGAAGCACACCUACGUCUGCCCGGCAUGGGGCAACUCCGUCUACGACGUUCUGUAUCAAGAGCGCGCCUCAGGGUACGCUGACGGUUUGCUAGCGUUCACGCGGCCAGAGAUCAUCGUCUCCGGCGUUAGGGGACUGGCGAAUGAAGUGCUGGCACGGGAACCGCGACUACUAAAAGCCAAGUCUCAGAACCAACAACAGAAACAGGCCACAAAUGAACACCCACCGCAACCACAACCGACAGCUGUCGGUGGUUCCUCCCUAACUUCCUUCCCAUCCCCUUCGUCACCAAAAACGAAUCACGGCCCCGCCGCCGCCGGGCCUGUGUCUUCUCCCGUUCCCCUAGACAAAAUCGGUGUCGUACCCGCUUCUCCCGUCGACGAGCCCUCCAGCGGCGGCGGCGGGCUCAAAAAGCCGCCCUCGGUAGUGGUAGCCCUCACCCCCGGAACCACCACGAUCCCCGAAGAAGAAGCGGAAGAUGAUGGUAGCGAUAAACAAAAGGAAGGAGAAGAAGAAGAAAAGAACCGAGGUAGAUCGACGAAACCGGAGAAGGGCAAGGCGAUUGCUGCCAUGUCCAAGGUGCCGCCGCCGCUGCCGCCUACAGGCAACAAUAAUCCUAAUUUGCUGAAUCUGCCGACGAGGAAUCAGUCGGAGGGCGAGAGUCCGGAUACGUUGGUUAAUACGCCGAGUCCGUCGCCUAGUUCUUAG